CAGAAAAAGAAUAAAGUAAUUUGGACAUCUUCCAAGAAGGCAGAAGCCUCCUCUCAUAGCUUUUACUUACUCAGCAAGUACCCCAUUAAUUCAAAUACUCCCACUCUUUUCCUUUUUUCUUUGUUGAGGGGGAAAAAAAAGAAAGAAAGAAGAUAAAGUUGGUAAUAGGAAGAUGGCAUCGACGCUGUUACUGGUAGUGGUUUUUGUGUUUGAUCUGAUUGCUUUUGGACUUGCUGUUGCUGCUGAACAGAGAAGAGCCACUGCAACUAUCAGGAAAGAUGCAGAGUAUAAUUACUGUGUGUAUGAAUCAGAUAUUGCAACUGGCUUGGGUGUAGGUUCAUUAUUAUUCCUUUUGGCUAGUCAGCUACUCAUAAUGUUGGCAAGCCGAUGUUUAUGUUGUGGGAGGGCGCUGCGACCAGGAAAGUCAAGAGCAUGGGCUAUUCUUUUAUUUAUCACCUGCUGGGUCACCUUCUUUAUUGCUGAAGUGUGCUUACUGGCGGGUUCCGUUAGGAAUGCCUACCAUACAAAGUAUAGGACUUACUUGACACAACAUCCUCCGUCCUGUGAGGUUUUGAGGAAGGGAGUCUUUGGUGCUGGCGCUGCUUUUAUUGUUUUCACUGGCAUUGUCUCUGAGCUUUUCUACGUCAGCUACUCCAAGGCAGAUGAAGGAUCCAUUCCUCCUAGAAUGGAUGGUGGCAUAAGGAUGAACGCGUUCAAGUGAACCAAUUGAGGAGAAGGAGACUUUGGUUUUACACUCACAAAACUUUGCACCUUGAUGCUGGAAUUAUGACAAUGUGAUAUUGGUUAUGUGGUAUAAUUAGAGAUUCUAAUUAUGUGUUGUGACUUAUGUGCAUCCUUAAUCAUAAUCCAAAAUUGUUGAGUAGGGAUAUAGAUUUAGAUAGGUAUUGCUUGCUACUCGUUAGUUCUUAUAUACAAUGUUGUUGAGCAGGGUUUUGCUUGGAGGAAAAGCUGCGAUGUCCACCUUAGAAACUAGGAUUGAUUCUAUUAUUCCUGUUGCCAUUUUCCAUUCUGUGUUAGCAUAUUCAUUAUAAUCUAGGUUUUCAUGGACUUCUCUGAUUC